UCUCUUCCCUCUGCCCCUUUUCUCCUUUUCUUUCCUUCUUGCCCUAUUUUUCUUCAAUACCUACCUAGCCUCCUAGCAAAUACUUCUACUCAGCUCCUACUAGGGAUUAUUACUUAUUAAAAUGGCUUCCUCUCAUCCCCUUUCUGCGACGUCCUUGUUUUCGCUAAAGGGUUGGGUCGCUGUCGUGACGGGCGGGGGAACAGGUACCGGACUGAUGAUCACUCAGACACUGGCUGCCAAUGGAGCCAAAGUCUACAUCACCGGGCGCCGCGUAGACGUUCUAGAGACGAGCGCCCGCAUCCAUGGUUCACCAGAGAGGCUGGGCCCUCUUGGGGGUAGCAUCGUUCCUAUUGCCAUGGACAUUACGUCCAAGGAUAGCGUUAGGGGCGUCGUCGCCGAGAUCACGCAAAAGGAGGGUUUUGUUAACGUUCUCGUCAACAAUGCAGGAACUUGGGCGGGACGGCCCACCGCGAAAGCGGAAGACGGACCUGAGGCUUUUAGCGAAGCAAUGCUGGCCGAAAGUAAUGAAGACAACUGGCAGAAAUCAUUUGAUGUCAAUUGUACCUCGCAGUACUUCGUCACGGCCGCGUUCCUCCCGCUCCUUGCUAAAGCUGAAUCCGGUCCGACUGGGAGAAUUGGGAGCGUAAUCAAUAAUAGCUCAGUGGGCGGAAUUCUUCGAAUGUCGCAGAAUUGCCAGUUCUCAUACAACGCCACCAAAGCUGCGUUUUUACACCUAACGCGCCAGAUGGCGUUUGAGUUCAGCCACGAGAAGAUCAAUGUUCGUGUGAAUAGUCUUGCGCUCGGGUACUUCCCAUCGGAGAUGACGACGGGCGAGUCUAAUGACGAGAACGAGAGCACAGCUUCGAAUGAGCGUUUUGCGCUCUUCAUGAAAAACAUGGGCGCUGAGAGGGUCAAGCGCAUGGGGACGCCGCAGGAGCUUGCGAGUGUUAUCCUGAUGCUCGCUACGAACGAUUUUGUUUGGGGCACCGUCUCGAUUGUUGAUGGUGGCAUGGCCCUGACUGUUCCCGGAAAUAUGUAAAUGUAAGACGGCUUAGAGUUACACGUUACUCGUGUUCAGAGCAUUCUGCAAUUAUUGCUUGGGUAGUUUUUAGAUAAUUGGC